AUGAUCUUUAUUGUUGUUGAGCAAUUUUCAGCUGACAGUUGUGGACCACCGUUGUAUGGGCACAUUUGUUGUCGUAUUGUUGCACAGCCAAACUCGGUUGUGAUGCCUCUCUCGGAGGGUGUACUCACCGUGAGUUCACUCGAUGAAGAUCGAUGCUAUGAGGGUGUUCGAUGUCGUCUUCAGGCAGGUGUACUGAGUUGUUGCUCGCCGUCUUCAGUAUGUAAUUCUCGUAACGAUCAACCUCUGUUGAAUGUUUGCUUCAGCAAGAAUUCAAAAAUUUUGUCGAGUCGUUACGCGAAGAGUUUAAUCGUAACGUCAGACCGACAUGUACCCAAUGGAAGGCAUCAGAAACACUAUUUGCUAAUAGCCGAUAGUGAGGAGGAUAUCGCUGCUUGGAGACAUGCGUUCAGUUUGCAGAUUUCCGAUUGUGAAAGAUGGGGUGAAUUUGCAAUUUGUCCAGUGAAGCUGACAAGUGAGCCACGGGCAACAGAACCAGCUACACUAAGCAGGGCAAAUGGCAGACGACUUUAUGAUGAGAUACAAAUAAACGAUGGUCAGUGGAACGAGAAGUACACGACGAAUACGGUUCGUGAGGCAUGCAGUCCAUAUCGAUAUCUACCUGAACCAUCCACUUACGCAACAUUCACACAAGCAUCUUCAGCCGCAUUCGUUCCUCAGACUGCACCUUCGGGACGACGAAAGACUCGAACACCUGUUCAAUCCCUUUUCCAGCCAGCUGCUGAUGGUGAACCGAGAUAUGUGAUUAAUUUACCUGUUGGCGAUGUUAACACCACUGCACCGACGUCAAAUUAUACUGCACCGACAUCCAAUUAUACUGCACCGACAUCCAAUUAUACUGCACCGACAUCGAAUUAUUAUUACGACUCAACUGCAUCGAACCCGCCGCCAUCGAAUGGCGACUAUUUAGAUGGAUGGCGAAGGAACCCAUUCCAACAUGAUUCAACAAAUGAUUAUUCACGUGAAAGUGGUCGUUUUAAAGGGAUACGUAAGAGUAUGCAGCGAUCAUUUGGUGCACUAUUGAAUCAUCGGAAAGGAUCUGUUGAAAUUUCUCGUUUUUGA